GGGGUGUCCACAGCUGGGCAGCAAGGGCGAGAGGAAGGCAGACAGACAGAGACUGAGAGAGACAAAGUGAAGGAGAGACACAGAGAGAGAGUCAGGCCCCAAAAGGGCCAAAUACCCCAAUAUUCACCCACGUAGGCACAAAGGCAGUUGGUUGGGGUGAGCCCUGGGAGAAGCUCUGCUGCCUAUCUGUCCCCAUGGGCCACCGAGGGCCAUGGCUGCACACUCCUCUCCUCUGGGCUGCCGUGGCCAGCCUGCUCCUCCCCCCUGCCAUGACCCAGCAGCUGAGAGGGGCUGGGCUGGGCCUCAGCAACUGGAACAACAAUGCAGGAGUCACUGAGCCCUCAAAGGAGGUGUCCACGGAGUUUGGCCACCACAUCCACAACCAUAGAGACCAUCAAGAUGAGAACGAGGAUGUCUCCAGAGAGAAUGGGCAUCAUUCCUGGAGCCACAGAGAGCACAGAGAGGAGAAUGAGGAUGUCUCCAGGGAAAAUGGCCACCAAUUCCAAAGCCACAGGUAUGAAAGCCACGAGGCUGGAGAUGAGAAUGUCUCUGGUAAGGCUGUCCUGAUAGAGCACAGUCAGCAGGCCCAUAGGCACAGAGACCAUGGGAACGAAGGCAUGGAAGACUCAGAGGAGUCUGGGCACCACUUCCCCAGCCACAGGAGCCAGGGCCACCAGGACAAAGAUGAGGAUGAAAUUGUCUCCAGUGAGCAUCACCAUCAUAUUCUCAGGCAUGUACACCAAAGCCACAGAGGGGAAGAAGAUGGAGGAGGAGAGGAGGAGGAGAAGGAGGAUUAUAGGUACCAGACCCAUGGGCAGCAGGGCCACAGGAAUGAAGAGGGUGAGGAUGUCUCAGAUGGAUACCUCCACCAUGUCCCCAGCCACAGGCACCAAGGUCAUGAAGAAGAAAAAGAUGAUGAUGAUGAUGAUGUCUCUACUGAGUAUGGACACCAAGCUCACAGACAUCGAGGCCAUUUGAAGGAAGAGAAUGAUGACAACUCAGAUGGACACCAGCAUCAUGUCCCCAGCCACAGACAUCGAGGUCAUGAAGAAGAAGAAGGAGGAGAAGGAGAAGGGGAAGAGGAAGAGGAAGAGGAAGAGGUAGAGGAAGAAGAAGAAGAGGAGGAGGAAGAGGAAGAGGAAGAAGGAGAAGAAGAAGAAGAAGAGGAAGAGGAAGAAGUCAUCUCCACUGAGUAUGGACACCAGGCUCACAAGCGUCAAAGCCACUGGAAGGAAGAGGAUGUGGAUGUCUCAGACGAACACCAGCAUCAUGUCCUUGACCAUGGACACCCAGGCCAUGAAGAAGAUAAUUAUGUCUCCAUUGAGAAUGGGCCCCAGGUCCACAGGUAUCAAAGCCAUGAGAAAGAAGAGGAUGAGGAUGUAUCAGAUGAACACCACCAUCACGUCUCUGGUCAUAAGCACCGAGGCCAUGAAGAAGAAGAUGAUGACAAUAAUGAUGAUGAUGUCUCCACUGAGUAUGGACACCAGGCCCACAGGCACCAAGAUCACAGAAAGGAAGAGGAUGAGGAUGUCUCAGAUGAACAACACCAUCAUGUCCCUGACCACGGGCACCCAGGCCACAGAGACAAGGAAGAUGAAGAUGAGUAUGUGUCCACUCAACUUUGGCACCAAGCUCCCAGACAUGCCCACCAUGGACUUGAACAGGAGAAAGAGGAGGAAGAGGAGGAGAUCAUUGUCCAGUUUGGCCACCAUAUUGUAAGUCACCCACCCCAAGGCCAUGAGAGUAAUGAUGAUGAGGACAUCCCAGAUAAGCAUAAAACAAAAGUCCCUGGUCAUCACCACCAUAAAGUCCCCAGAGAGGAAAAUAAAGACAUCUCUGGUGAGCUUAGCCAUAGGCAGAAAGGCCACAGAGAUGAAGAUAAUGGCCCUGAUCACAGAGGGUCUAUCAGAGAGAUUAGCCACCAGCCCCCAGAACACACAGAAGUCAAGGACAGAAGCCAUUUGAAGGAAGAGGAAAAGGGGAAGGAAGAUUACAGUCCCCGAGGGGAAGAUGAUGCAGGUUCAGAGCAAGGAAAGGAAGGUGCCUGCCAUGGCUGCCGGGACCAGGAAGAUGAGGAGGAUGAGGAGGAAGGUCAUGGCCUCAGCCUGAGCCAGGAGGAGGAAGAAGAGGAAGACAAGGAGGAGGAAGAGGAAGAAAGGAGGGAAGAGAAGCCUAUAGUUGGAGCCCCACUGAGCCAAAACUACAGGGAGGAGGAAGAGGAGGAGAAGAGGCUGGAGGAAGAUGAGCUCCCCUUCACCAUUAUCCCCAACCCACUGGCUGGAAGGGAGGUAGCUGGAGGUGCCUCCAGUGAGGAGGAGAGUGGUGAAGACACAGGUUCACAAGAUGCCCAGGAAUAUGGGAACUACCAUCCAGGGUCCCUGUGUGGCUACUGCUCCUUCUGCAAUAGGUGCACUGAAUGUGAGAGCUGUCAUUGUGAUGAGGAGAACAUGGGGGAGCAUUGCGACCAGUGCCAGCACUGUCAGUUCUGCUACCUUUGCCCGCUAGUCUGCGAAACUGUCUGCACUCCAGGAAGCUACGUCGACUAUUUCUCCUCGACCCUGUACCAAGCCCUGGCAGAUAUGCUGGAAACGCCGGAACCUUGACCUGGCCGCGAGGCUGCUACGCAGAUGUACCUCCCCCUGCUCUCCAAUCCCCUUCCACAAGCCAUAUUUAUUUCUCUGAAUAAACGUGUUCCCUGAAACCUCA